AGGGGCCGAAGUGGUGCGGCCGGCUCGCGCGCCAGCGCCCAUCGCGGGAGCGGCCGGGCGCCGCCCGGGGAGGAGCACGCGCCCUCCCCCCCCCCUCCCCCGGCGCCAGCGGGGGGGGCUGGCAGGCGGCAGCCAUGCAGGCCCAGUUGAUCGCCAGCACGCUCGCAGAGGACGGUCUCGAUGCCCGAGAGGCAAAGGACCGCAGGAAACUGGCGCAGAAUAUCGGCAAAUGGAAGCGCAGGAGGUCUCUGAUGAAGAUUGUGAGCUCUCCCAUCCUGCCGACCAGAGACGUGGUAAAGGACGCGAUAUUCUUCAAGAAGCUGUUCUUCUACGCCGAGAAAUGCGGUUACCUUCAGCAUCGCGAGGGUGAACAAGUUCUCCAUAUCGUGACGUUUCGACGCUUUCUUCGGAGAUACUAUUUCUUCCUGGGGAUUGAUUUUGAUUCACAGGUGGAGUGGUCCAGUGGAGUGCACAAACUUCCAACGUGGAUCAAGUGGGAAGAUAUCCAGAGAGCGCUCGAUACAGAAGACUUCCAUGAAGAGUCACUCGAGAUCAGUCUUCAAAGGAGUUGUUUCGAAAGGUUGAAUGCGGUUCUCGACGAUAGUGAUUCUAUCAUGGGGAAUUUAUGGACGGCAUUCGUCAUGUCUUGUAUUCUGGUAAGUCUUGCUUCCAUCGUUGUUGGGGAAGACAGUUUCCCUCCCUACACGGAUGAAUUUUGCAUUAUUGUGUUUUCGAUCGAGUACGUACUGAAACUUUUGUGCGCCGGGUGUUGCCGGCGCAUCUUGAAUAGCGAUGAGAGCAUGUGGGCUGAAAUUGUGCCCUCGCAGGAUCCCAACGAGCCUUUGGUACCUGAGGAGACUCCGACUGUUAAGAUACUAAGUUAUGUGUGUUCACCCGUGAAUUUGGUCGACCUGUUUGCUAUACUCCCAUUUUGGCUUAGAGUGAUUUUUUCUACGACGAAGAUGAAUUUGAGUUUCUUACGUUCUGUGCGGAUUCUUCGCGUACUUCGCAUCAUGAAGUUCGGAUCGUUCACUAAGGAUUUCAAGUUGAUGGGGGCAGUAUUUGCAAAGAGCACGGGCGCGAUUGUAGCUAUUGCUCUGACCCUGUCGAUGUUGUCUAUCUUGUUUGGCGCUGUCAUGGCGCAGUUUGAGGGUGAACUUAUAGAGAGGAACCUGGAUGGUGCCAUCUGGGAAAGUAAUGAAAAAUGGCACGACAUGGUGGACCCUGAUGGGGACGGUCAUGAUGACAUUCCUAGAACCAUGCUGUGGGUCGCGGGGCGGAUGACGAACAUGCAGGCGAGCAUGAGGGACAAGAAGGUCAUUCCGGCCAGUUGGCCAAACCAGGUGAUUGUGCACAUCCUGGGCAUCAUGAAGGGCUUCGUUUUCCUGCUCCCGCUGGGACAGAUGCAGCAGUUCUUCAGAAGCCAGGCGCAGUCGGCCAAGGAUUUGGACGAGCUGGAGUACCAGGUGGAGGAGGAGUUGCACAUAAAGGUCGGCCAGCACUGGACCAGUGCGCACACCGUCCCUUUCGCCUUGGUGGAGGUCUUCCCCGCAGAGGAGCGCAUCGGCAUCGGCGGCGCCGAGCCUCCUCGCGGAGUGGGCUCUGGGAUACUGAACUUGCCCCUCAGCGAGGGGAGGAGCGAGGACCCCAGCGUCGUCCUCUGCCCGAUCACCGGCCUGCAAGCGUGCGGUGUGAUCCCAGACCCCGAUGCGUUCCCGUCCAUCUUCUUCGAGGUCAUGUGGGCCAGCGAACAGGACGGGCGCCAUAUCAAGCGGGCGGACGGCUUUGUGGAAGACGGGGUGCUCACGAUCCGUGUGGUCUCUGGCAUCAACUUCCCGUCGGAGAGCUCAGGCUGGAAGCUGCGCGUCAGCGUGCCCGAGCACCUCUUCGGGAGGGGCGCCAAGGCGAGCCGGUACACUUGCGCCAGCGUCAACACGCCCGAGGAGCCUUUCUGGGACAUCCACCUCCAGUUCAACGUUGACUGGGGUAGACGAUGCGAUACCCCGCGCCAUGGCAGCCCGAAGCGGAAGCCGAGGCAGGACAGUCAGAGCAUUAGCCAGCUGGAAGAAUGCAUGAAGGAGCAGCUGGCCACUCUGAGCCGCAUCGAGGAAGCCGUCCAGGACAAGCUCAAGAUGCGCCAGGAGAAAGUCCAGGCGGCUGAGCUUCGGGUGGGCGCGGCCAUCGUUGUGGUCAGCCCGUCUGGGGCCAAGAGGGAGUGCACCAUCGUCGACUUCCAAGGGGACCAGGUGAAGAUACACUACAACGGCUUCGACCAAGUUAACGAUGAGUGGCUCACGCAGUUCUCUGACCGCAUUCUGGACGGGCGUCCGCCCGGCUCCGCCCGGUGGCUCGUCCCCGACCCCGCGCCCGCCCCGGGCUCGGGCGAGAGCUUCCUCCCGCCCAUCCCGGAGCCGGCGCCUGUCCUCUAGCACGCCCUCCCGCGGAAGGCGCAGCACCGGCACCGUGAUGGGGUGAGGAGGGUCGGCACCGCCGUCCUCAGGCGGAGGUCGGGCCCGCACAAGACGGGGCCCGCCUGUGCGCCUUGUUUGUCUGUCGUUGCGCCGUCUGCUGUCCCUCGCCUGCUCGGGGUCUGCCCCGCCUUCGCCACAGGGGGGGAGGACCUCGAUGCCGUGCCAGACGGAGGUCGGCUGCGGGGGCUCGUCGCGGAGCCGGGUGGGAGCGCACGCACGGAGCAUCCGGCGCGUGCGUCGGCGGCGGGCCCCGCUCCCGUGCGGAGUCGGCGCGCUCCGUCGCCCAAUCGGGUGGCACGGGUGCCGCAACUGUUCGACUUAUCCUCAUCCGAAUACAUCCUCGUCCUGGCUUCGUCUCAGAUACAUGGUCGACCCCGCGCGCCCCGUGGGGGGGCGCGCGCCGCGCCAUCCUUUUUGCCAUGCGCCUCAUGCCGCCCCGUGGUGGAGCAAACGCCGCCCUCACGCGCCCGUGGCGGGAGCAGUUAACGAAUGCGUGUUUGGUGUCUGGCCCACGGGUGAACGGUGACAGUACGGUGCCAAAGUCGCCGCGCCCGCCCAUAUUCCUUUGCUGUGCAGUUCCUAGCAGGUCGAUUUGUGCACCGGCCCUGGUACGACCUUGAAUUUGGCCUCGUCUGGCUCAUUAUGAGGCCUGAUCUGGCCUUUAUAAUCUGCCUUGAGAUGCCCAGCCUAAUGUGGCCGAGUCGCUCUGCAAUCUUGUUUCCUUCAGACUGCCAGAUUGCUCUCGCCCACGAAGACCUCCCAGGACUUGUCAGCUUGAGUGCAGAGUGUCUUCUCCGCGCCC